CGUGAGAUGUAUCGUGAGUUGAACUGGCCACAAUCAGUGAAAACUCAGUGAUGAAAAAGUACUUUUGUGAUAUUAAAAAAAAUAAAUAACUAUAAUCCUAAUAAUAAAAUCAAUUAUUAACAUAAAAAAUGUCUCGACAAUUUAGAAAAUCUCAAAUUUAAAAAGAAGAAAAAAAAGUUGUUAUUUAAAUUACAAAGGUUAUGAGAUGUUCAUGUGUUCGAGAUGUUACGGAUAGUGUGAAAAAACGUAAAUCAUUGAAUAAUAAAAAAUUAUAUAAAACAGAAAAUAUUAUUGUUAAUAAAUAUUCAGAAACAAAUAAAUUAAUAAAUUUUCAUGAUCGACAAGUUUUAGCUAAGUUAAUUGAGAAGAAUUCCACCGAGGGCGACAGCUCUCGACUCGUAUAUUUAACAUCGAAACCCAAGAGAUUGAGACAAAUCAUCGUGGCUUCCUUAAUAAUAAUCGGAGUAAUAUUUAUAAUAAUAACAGCCACAUUAACAGAAUGUGGAAAAUCAUUUACAAAAAAUGAUAAUAAAAUAUUGACACCACCAGAUCCAGAACAAUUUCAACCACCUUCUUGGAGUAAAUUAAAAAUAUUUAAAAGUGGUGCUGUUUGUUCAGAUGGACCACCAUGUGCAUCAAUUGGAAAAUCAAUAUUGGAAAAAAAUGGAUCAGCUGUCGAUGCAACAAUAUCCACCAUGAUUUGUAAUGGUCUUGUUAAUAUGCAAGCUAUGGGAAUGGGUGGUGGUUUUAUGAUGACAAUUUAUGAACGUUCAAAUAGACAAGCAUAUUUUUUGAUAGCCAGAGAUGUGGCACCAAGUGCAGCUCAUGCAAAUAUGUAUAAAAAUAAAAGUUCAGAUUCAUCAAGAAAAGGUGUAUUAUCAAUAGCAAUACCAGGUGAAGUUGCUGGCUAUUGGGCUGCUCAUCAAAAAUUUGGUAAAAUACCAUGGGCUGAAUUAUUUGAACCAAGUAUUGAACUUUGUAUUAAUGGAUGGAAUAUGACUAAAGCCAUGUAUGACGAUUUAUCAGAAAAUAUUGAUAUUGUUUUUGAUGAGCCAACAUUGAGAAAAAUAUUUGUUGAUCCAAAUACUGGAAUUAUAAAAAAACCUGGUGAUAUUAUAAAACCAGAUAAAUUAUGUGAUACAAUGCGUAUACUUGCUGAUAAAGGUGCACCAGAAUUAUACAAUGGUACACUUGGUAAAAUAGUUGUUGAAGAUUUACGUAAACGUGGAAGUAUCAUAACAUUUCAAGAUUUUAAUAAUUAUCGUACAAAAUGGAGUAAAACAUUGAGUACAAAUUUAACUGAUGGUGUUAAAUUAUUUACAUCAAAUUUACCAAGUAGUGGUGCACUUCUUGCAUUUGUUUUAAAUAUAUUUGAUGAAUUUAAAUUUUCUCCAGAUAGUUUGAAAGGUUGGAAUAAUACAAUUCAAACAUAUCAUAGAAUUAUUGAAACGUGGAAGUAUGCAUAUGCUGUUAGAAGUAAAAUGGGUGAUGCUGAUUACGUUGAUAUGACUGAGUUGCUAGGAAAUUUAACAUCAAAAGAAUUUGCAAAAUCAAUUAGACAAAAAAUAAUUGAUGAUAAAACUUGGAAUGAUCCAGCUCAUUAUGGUGCUGGGGAUGAACUUUUGGAGGAUCAUGGUACAGCUCAAAUAUCCGUUAUGGCACCUAAUGGUGAUGCUGUUGCUGUAACAAGUAGUAUUAACACGUAUUUUGGAAGUGGUAUAGCCAGUGAAAGAACAGGUUUUCUAUUCAAAUGCCAUGACAUUGAAAAAUGAUGUCAUCAAAAACCAUCAUCAAUGGUACCAUCAAUUUUAACAACACCAGAUGGAGAUGUCAGAAUGGUUAUUGGUUCUGCUGGAGGAACAAAAUUCAUCGUCAUUUCAAAUAAAAUGAAAUUUUCAAAUAUAUUUAUUUAAAUUUGAUUAUUAGGUAAUUAAAAAAGCUUUAGAUAAAUUGAUUACAUUAAACAAUUAUUUCCAAUGCAAGUUGAAUAUGAGUUUGGUGUACCAAAUAAAAUUAUUGAUGGAUUGAAAAAUUUAGGACACAGCACGUCACGUUAUCGUGAUCGAGGAAGUGUUGUUUGUGGUAUUUCACAAAUAAAUGGUACUGUUUUUGCAAAUGCUGAUUAUCGUAAAGGUGGUGAUGUCUUUGGAAUCGAUUAAUUUGUGCAGCUAGAGUAAAAAAAAUUCGAACAAAAAACCAAUAAUUGUUAUGAAUUUAAGAGAAGAUUAAUACUCAGUGCAUUACAAACAAUAUAAAACAUAAAUUCACAAAGAUUAAAUGAAUUGAAUGAUAAAUUACAUAAUUCAAAUGAAUUAUUAAGAUCCUAUAUCAAUGAGAAUAAAGCACUUAGGAAUAUUUUUUUUUUAA